GGUAAAACCUCUCUGAAAAAGACAAGGGUUGAAGAAGUGAGAACAGAGAGCUCGUGAGAGAGGGAGGGACCUUGCGACAGACUCACCGAGAGAGGAGGCUGAAUACGACCGUGGUAGUGAGUCGAGUUCGACGGUGGCGAAACCUUCUGAGAGAGAGAAAUAGAUUUUGUGGUCUGUUAGACCGAGAACCACAACGGAAAAGGAACAAGGAGGGGGAUCUCGGUGUAGCCUUACCGGAAUAGCGCGAGGUAGCAGGGGGUGCAUGAUCGGAGAGUUCUGAGCAGCCUGGGUGGUUUUCCGAAGUUCUCUGUGGUCGACGGUGGGCUGAGCAAAAACUCACAAGGGCUGUUUGGUUAUUGACAGUGGAGAGAGAGCGACCGAGAGGGGUUUAGGAGUCGACGCACGUCGUGGGGGAAGGAGGGCUUACCGUUGAACCCGAGAGAUAUGCGGGGUGUAGAGAGUGGAAGAAAUCCAAUCAAAUAAAAUCACUAUCUCAAAAUAGAUCUUAUUAAAAAUACAAAAAAUAAUAAUUCUAAACCCUGAAUUAGGACCCGUAUGUUACAUGAAUUGACUAAUCAAUAAGUUAUAUACUCUUUUUCUUACUUGAAGACUACCAAAUAAUUUGAAUGGAGUCAGAAUCCUCCAAGGACACCACUGCUGCCCCCAGGAAGAUGAGAUUUGUGCCUAAAGCUCCCCCUAGAAGAGCACCAAAGCCUGAAGUCAAACCUGAAGUCGACGAGGAUAUCGAUGCGAACCAGGCUAAAGAAUUGCUGCGACGUUUCAAUGAAGGCGCUAUGAGGGCAAAAUCUAAGGUUGAAAAGAAAGUGUCACCGUCUCAAAUUGCGUUUGGUAUAGGAGGUGCAUCUCCUUCCAUAAAAUCAUAUGGUGUUCCUAAGGCUGGAAGUAGUUAUGACAGCCACCAAAGGCCCGGCUUUAAGAGUGAUAAUUCUGUCUCAGGCCUGAGAGAGAAAGAAUAUAGAGAACCAUGGGACUACUAUAGUUAUUAUCCUGUUACUCUUCCCAUGAGGAGGCCAUAUUCAGGAAAUCCAGAGAUUCUAAAUGAGGAGGAAUUUAUGGAUGAUCCAGAAACCAUAACUUAUGAUGAAAAUUCAGUGAGUCCAGCGAUGGAGCUUGGUCUAAUGGAGGAAAAUCUGGAACCUAGCAUGUUCUUUCUUCAGUUACCACCGAAUAUGCCUAUGAUAAAGCGAUCUGCUACUGCUGAUAGCCGGGAGGUAACUGACAGCUCAAGGCUUCCUGGGGAUGUGCAUGUUAUCAAAAAGGCCUGUUCUUUCAAUGAGUUACCAGCAGGCUUCAUGGGUAAAAUGCUAGUGUACAGGAGUGGUGCUAUUAAGCUGAAGAUUGGUGAUACCCUUUAUGAUGUUUCUCCAGGUAUGGAUUGUGUUUCCGCUCAGGAUGUUGUUGCUAUCAAUACUGCAGAGAAGCAUUGUUGUGUAGUUGGGGAACUCAACAAGCAUGCCACGGUUAUCCCAGAUGUGGACUCCAUGUUGAAUAGUAUGGCUGAUUUAUAAUUCUUGCUCGUUGGCAACAUAUAUUUGGUAUAAAUGAACCGAUAACUUUUUCGAGGAAAGAAUUUACAAUUUCACUUCACCAUUUUUUGUUCGGAAUAAGUCACAGAAUAGGGUGACAGAGUUGCAAACAAAGCUUCAGAUUGUGCCUGGGAAGGAAAACUUUGUUUUGAUAAGUUACUCCUGAGAAAGGAAAAUAUAGCAAGAUAAUUAAUUAGAACAUUUUGUGUUUGGAUUACCCAACGAAAAAAGAAGUUUGUGUUUCUGAGCAUGAUAAUUUAA